AGAUGGGCACGUUAACCUCUCUGUGUGAAAUAGGUGGAAUGCGCCUUUAAGGACAUCUACGGCAGCCGGGUCGUGCGCACACACACCGUCUAUUACGGUCGCGUCGCCCGUUAACGCCGCCGCUCGCCGUCACCGCCGCCAGCGGCACCGCUGCACCGACUGAGUCAAGAUGGCGACCGAGGGUCAGAGCGAGUACGAGUCCGUCCUCUGUGUCAAACCUGAAGUCAACGUUUACCGAAUCCCGCCGAGAGCAUCGAACCGGGCCAUCAGGGCUGCCGACUGGAAGCUGGACGCUCCCGACUGGACGGGACGUAUGCGCGUGACGGCCCGGGGCAAAGCGGCCUUCGUGAAAUUGGAAGACAAAAUCUCUGGGGAAUUGUUUGCCCAGGCACCAGUGGAUGAGUACCCUGGGAUCACGGUGGAGACAGUCAGUGACUCAAGUCGUUACUUUGUGCUGCGCAUCCAGGAUGACAAUGGCCGCAGUGCAUUUAUCGGCAUUGGAUUUGGAGACCGAGGCGAUGCCUUUGACUUUAAUGUUGCUCUUCAGGACCACUUCAAGUGGGUGAAACAGGAAGAUGACUUUAAGAAGCAAGCGCAGACUCCAGAUACCACUCCCAAACUGGACCUGGGCUUCAAAGAAGGACAAACAAUUACUCUCAAUAUUGGGCAAUCAAAAAAGAAGGACAGGUCUCGUCCGCAGAGUUCAGGUGGCUUCGGGCUCCUUCCACCUCCUCCUGGGGGAAAGCUAGCCCCACCCCCUUCAUCCAGAUCUACCAAUCAUAACACACAACCAUCUGCAGGAGUAAGUGACAUGGGUUUUUUGCUAGACCUGGACUCCAGUAACUCCAACUCAGUGGCUCCGUCCAACCCCACCACCACAGCCAGCUCUGACCUGUGGGGAGACUUUGACUCUGUUUCCCCAAAGUGAGGAGACAUAUCCUCUUAUUUCUCCCUCUUGCUGUAUCUCUCUGUAAAUUUCAUGCAGCACUUUUUGCAACUUUUUUUUCCCCAUGAUGGGGUCCCGUAUCUGCCCCUGCAGAUACGGGAGCCCCAAGCAGGGUUACCCCCCCCCCCCCUGUACUUUAUUUUAGUUCAGUUUCUCACGGCCUUUGUUGUAAUGUUAGCCUGAGAUGCACCCAAACCUCAAAGCAACAUUUUAGAACAAGAAUGGAACUCAGUAGAGCGCAUUCCUCCGCUAAGGCCCAACUGUCCCCUUAAAUCCAAUCAAGCCGCACCAAAUUGAACACGCUCAGAAGAUAUUAGUCCUCGAAAACAGCCUAAUUCUUUUCAUCAAGAUCCAUUGAUGCAUUAUUCCUGGGAAAAUCGGGGAAACAUGUCAAAAGAACGUCAUAUCUCGCAAUGUUAAAUAAAGGGAAGAAAAUUCAGAUGCCUUUUUCAGGAACUGUGCCGGAAUUGAAUGGGUUCUCUUUUGGCCCGUGUUCCAUAAUUUCACCAAGUUUCAUGAAAAUCCAUUGAGUAAUUUUUUGUGUAAUCCUGCUGACAAACAAACCAACCAACCAAUUGAAAAACAACAGACAGGGGGCAAAAACAUAACCUUCUUGGCGGAGGUAAUCAAACUUCCAUCGUCCGUCGUUGGGGUUCUUCUUCUUUCAUCUCUCCCUCUGUGUGUCCUGUGUAGCUCUCUAGUUUCCAUGAUCUUAUUUGAAAUAUGGCUUUUCCCUUCCUGAUCCUCACUGUGUUUUAUUUGCUAAUUUCUAUCGUAGAGUAUACACAAUAGAAAUAUAAUCAAGGGAGACAUAACCAGAAACAUCGAUGAGAACUAAUCAAAAUAGAAUAAUGAAUGAAUUUUAUGUACAGAGAAUAUUUAUUUAAAUGUAAAUUGUCGGUAGUUUGCGAGUUUUGCCAUUGGUGUUGUCACCUGUACGUACUGUAGCUUAUUUUUCUUCAAGUCUCCGGCAGCGGGACUGACUAUAUGCACUGACUGACGGUCUAGACUGUCGCUGUAGUUAGUACUGUAUAGUCCGCAUUAAAGGCAGGGAUUGUCUAAUACUUGAUUUAGAUUAUUGUGAAGUUUACCACAAAAAAUGAUUUAACUUGAAAGAAACCUGUUAAAGUGUAAUUGAUUUCCAGAGUCGAUGUGCUCUCUGGCGCUCUCUGGUGGCCACUUGUGGACCCAGAGCAUCAUUUGGCGAGAGGAGAUGUCAUAUUAUGAUGCAGCUUUUGAUCACGUUUCACUGGACAUGGUUCUUGGGUUUCUUUGUGAAUUGCAUUAACAACAAAAUAGGAACAGAGAGAUGGGGAAGUAGGAAUGUUGGAUACAAUUCAGUCUUAGCAAAGGAAAGGGAGGCAUCCAGCGCUUUUAUCUUUGCCUCAGGGGGAAAUAGAGAUGAUUUAGACCAUUUGUUAUGUCACCUCUGCUCUGCGCAGCUGUUGAAUGGUGAGUCACCUAUGUCACGACCUCUUCCCGCCUCAAUGAAUAGGUCUGUGUCUCUGCACUGCCCGAAGGGCUUCAUCUCCUCAGCUCUCCACGAGAAGGUCAGCAGGCUGUUGUUAAACUGUGAACUUCAAUCCCAUAUUACGAGCUAAUGUUAUAAACGCUACUCUGAUGCAGACAAAUGCAAUGUGGGACCAAGUAAGUCUGUGUGCGAUGCUGUGUUUUGUUGUGAUAUUGUUAUGUACCAGGAGAUGGAUCGUGUUACACUGAUGCACGUGUGUUGUGAUGGUGCGAUGAUGGAUGUUGAUCAGAACACACCCACACACUGUGUGUGUGUGUGUGUGUGUGUGUGUGUGUGUGUGUGUGUGUGUGUGUGUGUGUGUGUGUGUGUGUGUGUGUGUGUGUGUGUGUGUGUGUGUGUGUGUGUGUGUGUGUGUGUGUGUGUGUGUGUGUGUGUGUGUGUGUGUGUGAAGCCCAGUGUUUGUCAGUGUUUGUUUACUGCUCAGAUUAUGUGCAUUUCUCCCAAAUGUUCCCUGUUAUUCAAACUGUAUAUGUGUAUGGAAUUGAAUAUGCAAAGAGAAAACAUAAAGAUAUCACUCAUUGACCCUAA